AAGAUCUCGAAAACGCAGGAGGCAGAUUUUUCUCGUUCAAACGGUCAUCUGUCUUUUGGCGCAAUAUCCUAUAUAAACAACGGACAUUUAUUGCAUCUCUGUUCGGAAACAGAGAUUUCACUGAAAGCUUUGAUCUUGUUGAUAAACAGCGCUUACAAAUUUUGAUCCGUUGCUUUUGGGUUGGUGGAUAGAUUUUGCAUCGAUAGCUAAGUCAUCUGGAUCGGGUGGAAACGUUUGGCUGGUGUUUUGUCAACUGCUUUGUUGUUUGUUUUCCGGGAAAUUAAAAUAAAAUUGUUUGCGCUUUGGCUAGCAAUCUCUGGUGAACGUAAUGCCUGCAUAUAGAAGCACGGACUCACACCCCUAUAAGCAAAACUUUAUGCCAUUCCCUCAUUAUUAUCAACCUCAAAUGAAUGUGGAUCCUUCCAAACCACCCUCGGCUUAUGAACAAACUUUUCCCUAUAUUAGUGGUCAUGGGUAUCCAACUCCGAUGCAAUUCUGUUGUGGCCACCAUAGAUUCCCUGGUUACUGGACUUACACGCCGGCCUAUCCGUCACCAAUGUGUUUUUCUGGAGGCUAUCCUACAUACCCUGAACCUUUCUAUGUUGCUUAUGCCCCUCCACCACCCUACACUAUGGAGUUGCCUAGGUAUGAAUAUGACAAAUGCAUGCCCAGAGAGCAUCACUGUUGUGGGUGUCCUAGUCACCCUUUGAGCCACGAGGAAGGAAAAGUUGUGAAGAUUGAAGAGCAUGAACCUGAUGCUGAACAGAAAGUGAACCAUGUUGUGGAUCCAAAUCAGUUGAAGAAUUAUCCAUUUUCUUGGAUACUGCCACAUUACAUGGGUAAUAAAGAGCUUAAAAAGCCUGAUAUAGCAGAAGUUGGUGAUCAGCAUGACAGAAUGCCUUCUGGGUGCGCCAAGGCUGAUGGACCGGAGCCUCAAGUGUGGAAUGGAUGGUUCCCAUUUGACAUCAAUAGUCUUGGAAACAUGAUCCAGGAUGGCAAUCGAAGAGGAAACAAGAACGGCAAGAUUGAUGAUGUCAUGAGGAAAUCUGAUGAUGGAAACAUGAAGCAAAGGCAGCAGAGUGGAAGAAAUGGGAGAGAAUUUGCAUUACCUGUAAUCUGGAUCCCUAGCUACAAUAUGCAGGAAGGUGACAAUACAAAAGACCAGGAGGGCGCUUCUUCUCUGAAUUCUAUUCAAGAUGUACCUUAUGCGCUCAAUUCUGCUCCGGUAGUUUCUUGUUCUAGUGAUCAUGUCUCAAACACUAGCAAUACGAAUGGAAAUGCUUCGACCAUGGGUGGUUCUGAUGAUAGGAAAGAAACUGAUGAGAAAGGCAUCCCUGUCAAGAAAAUGGAACCGCAAAGAAGUGACUCUGAGAGCCAUGAAAGAAGAGUAAGAGACAUUCCUGUAAAGCAGACAGAAGGAAAUAUGGUGAGCAAGGAGUUUCAGACUAGCCCAAAGACACAAUCUGGUUCUCCAAAUAAAAAAUACAAGCUGCCUCCAGUUUGUUUGAGAGUUGAUCCGCUACCAACGAAGAAAAAUGGUAGUGGAAGCUCAAGAUCCCCUAGUCCCUCAAAAACACAUUCCCCUACAUCAGCUAAUGGAACAUCCAAGGUAUCUGCUUUAUCGAGUGCUCAUGACAAGGUUGCGGCAGAUGCAAGAUUCCCAAUGCAUCAAAUGUAAGUAGAUCUAAAGCCAAAGGAGAGAACUACUAAGGUGGUGGAGUUGUCUGGUGAGAGGAAUGAAGGAGAUGGAUUUGACAACCAUGAUAUAGCACAGGCUGAUUUGAAGCUUCAGAAUGAUUCAAACAUCGUUGAGGACAUUAAGCCCAAGAAUAGAUGCAUUAAGGUUGUGGAGAAAUCAACUGAAAAGAAACAUGAAAACCAGACCAACGGAUCUCAAAGCCAGGUGACUCCCUUCAUGACUACUGAAAUCUAUGAGAAUAACUAUCCAUCAAAAACUACGGAAGAAAGUUGGGCAAAUGAAGAAAAGACUAAUAAAAAUGAAGCAAGAAGAAAGGUAAAUGACGUAAUUAAGGAGGAAGCAAUUGAAGCAGCGGAUGCCAGAGAUACAAAGGAGAGAAAAAUUUUGUCAGAUACAGAAGCUGCUGUUUUGAUACAAGCUGCUUAUCGUGGUUUCCAGGAGAGGAAAUGGGAACCACUGAAAAAAUUGAAGCAGAUAGCAGAAGUCAGUAAGCAUGUGACUGAUGUUAGGGGUAGCAUUCUAGCUCUAAAUGCAUCAUCUAACAAUCAAAUUGAUGAGAGGGAAAGAGUCACAAUUGGAGAGACCAUAAUGAGACUCUUGUUGAAGUUGGAUACUAUACAGGGCCUACAUCCAAGUUUUAGGGAGAUGAGAAAAUCCCUUGCAAGAGAGCUCACUUUCUUGCAAGAAAAGCUUGAUUCUGUUAUUACAAAAAAAUCUCAGCAGCACAUGGAGGAUUCUUCGGAGGGAAUUACUCGAGAAAGUCAUGGUUUGUCUGGGCAACCAUCCGAAGAAAUAGCAGUAUCUGAAAAAGAUUCCUCUGACAGAAUUAUUCAUGCGAGUCAAGUCAUGAUGGAGCAAUGUCAAGAUCAGCUCUUGAUUAAGGAUGGUGAUCCUAGCCAUGACGAGGAGAAAUUGCAAUCUGUUGUUCACAGUUUGCCUGUUGAUGAUGGUAAGUGUAGAUCAAGCUCACCAAUUUAUCAAAUAUUCAAUGAGAAACCAGAGCCACUUUCGGAAGAAGCAGUUAAAAAGGCUAUCAACAAAUUAAGUGCGGAUGAGGCAUCUGGUUGUGAUAUCUGUGAGGUGCAACCCAAAACCAAAUCUGAGUUAGAAGACAUUCCCACUCAGGCUGAUGAGUUGGGCAUGAAAGUUGGGGAAGAAUUGCCUCAAGGAGUAGUUGAUGAUCUGGAGGCUGAUAACAUAGAUUGUAGGAAGGCUAUCAACAAAUUAAGUGCAGAUGAGGCAUCUGGUUGUGAUAUUUGUGAGGUGCAGCCCAAAAUAAAAUCUGAGCUAGAAGACUAUCCCACUCAGGCUGAUGAGUUGGGCAUGAAAGUUGGGGAAGAAUUGCUUCAAGGAGUAAUUGAUGAUCUAGAGGCCGAUAAUAUUGAUUUUAGGAAGAACAAGGAAAAUGAAAUUGAUAGGGAAGAGCUGCAACUUUCGACAGUUACUGCAGUUGAUUUGCAUGAAAUGGAGGAGCUGCCAAUUGGUUUAUUUGAUGAUCCAACCGAUUCUGAGAAGCGUGAGGAAGCUGAAACUCCUGCACAAGUUCUACAAACUAAUGAAGGGAGAGGUAACCCAGCUCUAAUUUUAGCAGGUGACGUAUCUAAAGAAACUCGACUAGAUCAGCUGCAGCAGCAAUGGGAAGAACAAGAAGACGAACAAUCUAAUGGAGAAUCAGAUGAUUGGGUAAAAGUCGAGUAUGAGCAGGACGGAUUCAAAGGGGAUGCAUUAGAGAAUGCGGAGGUUGAAAGUGGCUCGAGGGAGGAAAAUGAUGAGCAAUCUCUAGCAACAGCAUUCAUAGGACACGAUGGGCAUGCCGUAGCCAAUAAAGACGCGUGCUCGGAAGCAAAGGAAGCAAGUGUCAUUAAAACAUCAGGGGAAGAAGUAGCGGUGGAGGAGGCACAAUCUGAGCAGGUAAUUAAGGUUGAUGCUGGGAACAGAGAAGUUUUGUCUGAGAAAACGGGUGAACCAAGUGUGACAUUACCUCUUACGAAAGAGAUACCCUUUUCCAAGCAAGAUGGAGAAAUGGACACUAAUAAGGAGUUCAUUGAGGAAACUGAGAUGUUAAAGAGGAUGAUGCAGAAGUUGCUUGAAGCUGGGAACGAACAGUUAACUGUGAUAUCUAAUUUGACAGGAAGGGUGAAAGACUUGGAGAAGAAAUUGGCCAGAAAGAAAAGAGCAAGGACAAUACAUUGCAGGCCUCCUACUUCCAAGCUAUCAUUUAAGAAAUCAUCAAACAGUCCAUUACAAGGGAGGAUUACUGGUGUUGCAAUGUGAUCUUUCAAACUUAAUCGCUAAGGGAAAAGAAUGUGAGAGGGGGUGUGAGUUUCGUUGUACUAAUAAUGCGUGAUGUUGUUUCGUAUAUAAAAAUGUGAAUUUUUUUUUUCCUUUUUUUUUUGGGCAAAUAAAAAAGCGACCUUUUUUUUCUUGCUUUACAA